AAGAACCGACAAAGACGGAACCGCACAUAUUUCAGUGAUGAAUCUUUAGAUCGUUUAGAAACAGUUUUCAACGAGAAUCCAUAUCCAGAUAUAGUACAGAGAGAAGCUUUAGGUUUAGAAUGCGGUGUCACCGAAGCUAGAAUCCAGGUAUGGUUCCAGAACCGUCGUUCCCGUAAUAGGCGU